CUCAUACAUAUCAAUACCAGUAUGAUUAGAAAACAAGCUCGUGAGAGAAGAGAAUAUCUCUACAGAAAGGCACUUGAACUUCAAGAAUCGAGUCAAACCGAGAAAAGACAACAGUUGAAGGCUGCUUUGGCCAGUGGAAAGGCAUUACCAAAAGAUAUUGCUGAAGAUGAACAACUUAGAAAAGAUUUCAUAUAUGACGAGAGUCAACAAGAAGCCAUAGAUGACGAAUAUCUGGCACUUUCCGGAAUUCUGGAACCAAAGAUUGUAGUGACCACUUCCAGAGAUCCAUCAACCAGAUUAUCACAAUUUACAAAAGAAAUCAAACUUUUAUUCCCAAAUUCCAUACGAUUAAACAGAGGUAAUUAUGUGAUGCCAGAACUCGUGAAAGCAUGUAAGCUGGCUGGAACCACUGAUCUUGUCGUGAUCCAUGAACAUAGAGGUGUCCCAACCUCCCUUACAAUUUCCCAUUUCCCACAUGGACCUACUGCAUUCUUCACCUUACAUAAUGUUGUCUUGAGACAUGAUAUACCCGAUGUAGGCAAUCAAUCUGAAGCUUAUCCACAUUUGAUAUUUGAUAAUUUCACAAGUACACUUGGAGCUCGGGUGGUUAACAUCAUGAAGCAUUUAUUCCCACCUGGAGUGAAGAAAGAUUCAUCAAGAGUUAUUACAUUCAAGAAUGAUGGUGACUUUAUUUCAACAAGACAACAUGUAUAUGUAAAGACGCGAGAUGGUGUCGAAUUGGCCGAAAUUGGACCAAGAUUCGAAAUGAGACUUUUCGAGUUAAGAUUGGGUACUUUGGAUAAUAAGGAUGCAGACAUUGAAUGGCAACUUAGAAGAUUUGUUAGAACUGCUAACAGAAAGGAUUACUUGGCCAAUUAGAAGAAAUAAAUAGAGGUUUCAUUAGUGACUUAAAUAUCUAUAAAAGAAGAAGAACAAUCCGUGUAUAUUACUGUCUAGUCUAUUUUUA